GGUUCGGUCGAAAUCCUGAAAGCAUCUCCACUGAAUUGAAUCCCCCAUUCUCUCGGCUGGUUCUUUAUUUCACCAAUCAUCUUUCGUUUUCACUUUCCUCUUGACCGCGAGCAGCUGAAUCUCGCGCAGAAACCCUAGCUCUCCGCCACCAUGAACUGUUCCAUAUCCGGCGAUGUGCCGGAAGAGCCCGUGGUUUCAAAGAAGUCAGGGCUGCUCUACGAGAAGCGUUUGAUUGAGCGACACAUAUCCGAUUAUGGAAAAUGCCCCAUUACUGGGGAGCCGCUUGCAAUGGAUGACAUUGUUCCAAUCAAAACUGGCAAGGUAGUGAAGCCCAGACCGGUGCAGGCUGCGAGCAUCCCUGGGAUGCUUGGAAUGUUCCAGAUUGAAUGGGAUGGAUUGAUGCUAUCCAAUUUUGCACUUGAGCAACAAUUACAUACAGCAAGGCAAGAGUUAAGUCAUGCUUUAUACCAGCAUGAUGCUGCUUGUCGUGUAAUUGCAAGACUAAAAAAAGAAAGAGAUGAAGCAAGAUUACUAUUGGCACAGUUAGAAAGGCAGGUACCUAUGUCAGCGUUGACAGUGACUACAGUAAAUGCUUCUGCUCUUAGCAAUGGGAAAAGAGCUGCUGAUGAUGAGGAUUUGGGUCCUGGUGGGAAGAAAAUACGUCCUGGAAUUUCUGCUAGCAUCAUUGCAGAGCUUACAGACUGUAAUGCGGCUCUUUCACAGCAGCGGAAAAAGCGGCAGAUUUCUCCGACAUUGGCCCCUGUUGAUGCUGUAGAGAGAUAUACCCAGCUUUCAAGUCACCCCCUUCACAAGACUAGCAAGCCAGGCAUUGUAUCUAUUGAUAUUCAUAAUUCCAAGGAUGUUAUUGCAACUGGAGGUGUUGAUACAAAUGCUGUAGUCUUGGAUCAACAAUCAGGGCAGAUUUUAUCUACACUCAGUGGUCACUCAAAAAAGGUUACAAGUGUCAAAUUUGUUGCUCAGGCUGAUUUAGUUGUAACCGGGUCUGCAGAUAAGACGGUUCGUGUGUGGCAAGGGUCUGAAAAUGGGAACUAUGAUUGUAGGCACAUUUUGAAGGAUCAUACUGCUGAGGUGCAAGCUGUCACUGUUCACGCUACCAAUAAUUACUUCGUGACUGCUUCACUGGAUAACACAUGGUGCUUCUAUGAUCUUUCCUCUGGUUUAUGUUUGACACAGGUUGCAGAUGCUUCAGGGUCUGAGGGCUACACAUCUGCUGCUUUCCAUCCUGAUGGUCUCAUUCUUGGGACAGGCACCUCAGAGGCCCUUGUUAAAAUUUGGGAUGUAAAAAGUCAGGCAAAUGUUGCCAGAUUUGAUGGGCAUAUUGGUGCAGUUACUGCCAUUUCUUUCUCUGAAAAUGGAUACUUCCUUGCGACUGCAGCUCAAGAUGGUGUUAAGCUUUGGGAUUUACGCAAGUUGAGGAACUUCCGGACUUUUACCCCUUAUGAUUCAAAUACUCCCACAAACAGUGUGCAAUUUGACCAUAGUGGAAGCUACCUUGCAAUUGCAGGCUCAGAUAUCAGAGUUUACCAGGUUGCAAAUGUUAAGUCGGAAUGGAAUUGCAUCAAAACAUUUCCUGAUUUGUCUGGCACAGGCAAAGCAACUUGCGUAAAAUUUGGUUCGGAUGCAAAAUACAUUGCAGUAGGAUCAAUGGAUCGGAACCUCCGGAUAUUCGGUCUACCAGGGGAGGAUGGCUCAUUGGAGUCGUAGGAAGUGCCUCAACUCUAUUUGUGGCUGCUAGUUGGUUUCUGCUACUGUUGGUUCAUUGCAUCUAGUCUGCCGAAGAAGGAAAUAGUCCUGUUUAUCAUAUCAUAUUUAAUUGCAUUGUCUUGGCCCAUGCUUCUAAUUCCAAAAUAAUGGAGGGCAAGGGGAGGAAGCCGCUGUACUGGGAAAAUUCUGCAGCAACUCCAGGUGCUGAGUUGACUGAGAUUGGAAGAGGAAACAGUGAUUCAAGCAUAUUGUAUUUUGUCAAGUUCAUCGGCACCAUGAUAGUCAUUGUUCAAUGUUUGUGUAUUAUUCUGAUUUUUUAAAAAGAAAAGCAUUGAAAGAUUUUGCCUAA